CUCAAGUCAAUGUCGCUCACUCUUGAACCUCAGGCUUUAUACAUAUGUCUAACGCAGCUGCUCGUCCCAGGCUUCCACUGGGGCCUAUAUUUUACGGAUGAGCAUGGCAUACCUACACGCCACGAAUGGGCGGAAGUCAGAGGCGCGCGCGAUCGCCUGUCCCCCGUCGAGGCGUAUAGCGUCGCCGUCAUCGACCCAGUCCGCGAGAGCGACCAGGAGAACAGGCUCAAUCUUGCUUUUAUCAAGGUUCGCGGUUACACGCCCAGCGGACUCAACGUCCGCGAGCUGUUUGCAAGUCUGGAACCUUCGGGCGGAUCGAAUAGCUGGCGCACGAAUCGCAAGAAUGGCCUCAGUUGCAGGACGUGGCUCAUCCGUGCCCUGACGCUCCUGCAACGUGAAGGAGCCAUUGUGCGCGAUAGACCCGUCGAGGAGGUCGAGGAGAUGGUCAAGAAGAUUGGGAUGGAAGUCGAGCGGCGUCUUGGGAAUGGGGAGAAUGUCGGUACUUGCAUUACGGAGGUCUAAUUCGCAGCAAUUUGGAAGACUGUAUACUAUUC